AUGCCCUCCACUGCGGAAAUCCACGUCGCUAUUCACCACAACGAGGGUGUAUAUAAGCACUGGACACUUUACAUCAACGGACCCACCGACGCGGAACAGGUCGUCCUUCACAUCAUGGGGUUCUCGAUGAAUUUUCGCUUCGAGGAUAGGAACUCAGAUGCCCGAAAAGAGAUGACGCUCAUGGAGCUGAUUCAUAUGUGCGAUGUGCCUGCUUCGAAAAUCAGCACCAUCAGGCGGUUGGCAGAGAAAAUGCCAAUUCACAACGAGUAUUCGGGGUACAAUUGUCAGGACUACGUUCUUGAGCUUCUGGAUGAGUUGGAAGCAAAGGGUAUCAUCGAUGGGGCGGACGAAGCUUAUAAAGUGAAAAAGGAGAACGUUAAAAACAAGCAGGAGGGGCUGAUCUAG